AUGGCUGUCAAUCCCUCUAUGGACAUUACCGAAACCGGCCUUCUUCAGGCCUUCGCUGCGGAAGCGCUGUUAUUGUAUCCUUACGUUAUCACCGCCUUCAUUUUGGCCCUUGCUGUCUACAGCACUCGCGAAAAAUACGCAAAUUUGCCUAGGGUUAACCCGAGAGGACCUACCGAGUUAACCACGGCGAAGCAACGGGCCGAAUUUCUCGCCAAAGGCCCCCAAAUCAUCAGUGAGGGAACGAAAAAGUACAAAGACCAGCCGUUUAUGGCGAACACGGAGCUUGGCUCCCUCCUUGUAAUCCCGCCAAAAUAUGUCGCUGAGCUGAAAAGCAACCAGAGCCUUCUUUUCAGACCGGUGUCUUCGGAAAGUGUCCAUACUCAUCUCAAGGGGCUUGAACCAGUCAACCCUCCUGUCGAGAUAAACAAAGUUAUCAACACUCACCUGACCAAGGCGCUCCUGUCCUUGACGAAGCCGAUGUCGGACGAGGCUACCGAGUCUUUCAGGGAUAUCAUCGGCGACUCCAAGGAAUGGACUGUGGUUGACACGUCGAUGGUUAUGCUCUUUGUGACCCGAAUAUCUUCGAGGAUCUUUAUGGGCAAGGAGCUUUGCAAUAACAAAGGAUGGAUAGAGGCCUCGUCUGCAUACGUUGCCACGGUAUUUCAUUACCGUUUCGUUUUGCACAAAUGGCCCAGAAUUCUGCGUCCAAUUGCCAAUAUGUUCCUGCCGGGCUCGAUUGAAAUACGUCGGAACCUUAAACGGUGCCAGGACGCACUCCAGCCCUAUAUCGACCAACGAGAGGCUCACAAGCAGGCGGCAUUGGCCCGCGGUGAAAAGAAUCCAUAUAACGAUUCCAUCGAAUGGUUUGCGCAAGAAAUGAAAAACGGCCAUUACGAUCCAGCUGCCUGCCAAAUCGGUCUUGCUCUCGUUGCCAUCCACACCACUUCCGACCUUAUCGGGCAAACUUUGUUCGACGUCGCCAAAAACCCACACCUGAUUGAGCCUUUGAGGCGUGAAGUUAUCAACGUUUUGGGCACAUACGGCUUGAAAAAAGGUGCAUUCCCUAAAUUGGUGCUUAUGGAUGCUUGCUUUAAAGAGACGCAAAGGCUGAGGCCCAUCUUUUCUGGGGUUUUCCAAAGGAAGGCUAUGGACGAGGUCAAAUUAAGCGAUGGCUUCGUUAUUAAGAAGGGAACCAAAAUGAUGAUGGAUGGGCCCAGCAUCAUGCUGAACGAAGAAAUUUACCCGGAUCCUUUCAAAUAUGACCCCUACCGGUUUGUUAACAUGCGCCAAAACCCGGCCAUGGAAAGCCGCGCCCAUUUGGUCAGUAUCAGCGCCGAGCAUUUUGGUUUUGGUCACGGUACCCAUGCCUGCCCCGGUCGCUUUUUUGCCGCCAACGAGGUCAAAAUUGCGUUGGCGCAUAUCCUGCUCAAGUACGAUUGGAAAAUUGCCCCCGGCUCCGAGGACCUGAAGCCCGUGUCCGUCGGCAUUAGCCAGGCACUUAACCCCGAAAUCAAGUUUAUGUUCCGCCGCAGGCAAGAGGAGCUUGAUUUGGAUUCGCUAGAAACUUGA